AUGCCCAAACUUCGCAUCGCCCUGGCACAGACCUCGCCCGUCAGCGCGUCGCUGGGGACCAUCCCGGAGCAGCCGUUCACGAACAUCGACACGAACCUGCGUGACAUCGCCGCGCGCGUCGCGGAGGCCAAGGCAAACGGCGCUGACGUUGUCGUAAUCCCGGAGUACGGGACGCAGGGCAUCGUUGACGGGCGGCAGUAUCUGACGUUCCCCGCCGAGCACAUCUUCACGUUCCUGCGCAAGGUCGCGCUCAAUAACGGUGUCUGUCUCGUGGGCACGGUGGUGGUUGGCACGCCACACGCAGCGGUCACCAGACUGAUGCCGCGCCACUCACCGUUCCAUCAUCUCCUCGACCCGAGCGUGCAGACGCAAACGGGCGAACAGAUGGAAUGGGCCGAGUGGAUGCAUGAAUACGUGCAGACACAGGAGACGCAGCCUAUGCUCAAGAACGAGGCGUUCUUCAUCGAUGAGAAGGGCGAGAUGGUCGGCGCGUACACCAAGCGCAACCUGUGGCAUCCCGAGCGGAAUUACCUGACCGCUGGUCAGAACGGGAACCGCGCCUUCGACACCAAGUGGGGCAAGGCUGGCUUGCUGAUCUGCUGGGACAUGUCGCACCCGAGCGACGCGCAGGCUCUGGCUGACCAGGGCGUUGAUCUUAUCUUCGUUCCGACCUACUGGACCGCGACUGACUCUCACCCCCAACUGCUCGAGUUUGAGCACGAACCCGACUAUGAGCGUAAGAUGGUGACGUCGCUGUGCUUUGCCCGCGCAUGCGAGACUGAGACGGUCUGGGUUAUGUGCAACCCCGGGGGCGGCGGCGAGUUCAUGGGCGGCUCGGGCGUAUGGCAGCCCCUGCGUGGGCGUGUGGGUGGCUUCACGGCGUCAGAUGUGGGCAUUGCUUAUGUCGAUAUUGACACGGACGGCCUUAAGGCUGCGCGCGAGCUUUACAAGAUUCGCGAGGACUUUGCGUCGACAGCGUUGGAACGUCAUGUCAAGUAG